GGUGUGGGGAGUGAAAGCGAAAGCCCAGGAGGCGAGCCGGGAGACCGAGAUCUUAGCAUACUGAAGCAGCAUGGCCAAGCCUUGUGGGGUGCGCCUGAGUGGGGAAGCCCGCAAACAGGUGGAUGUCUUCAGGCAAAAUCUUUUCAAGGAGGCUGAGGAAUUCCUCUACAGAUUCUUGCCACAGAAAAUCGUACACUUGAAUCAGCUUUUGCAAGAGGACUCCCUGAACGUGACUGACCUGACCUCUCUCCGAGCCCCACUGGACAUUCCUAUUCCAGACCCUCCACCCAAGGAUGAUGAGAUGGAAACAGAUAAGCAGGAGAAGAAAGAAGUCCCUAAGUGCGGCUUUCUCCCUGGAAAUGAGAAGCUUCUGGCCCUGCUUGCCCUUGUUAAGCCAGAAGUCUGGACUCUCAAAGAAAAAUGUAUUCUGGUGAUCACAUGGAUCCAGCACUUAAUUCCCAAGAUUGAGGAUGGAAAUGACUUUGGGGUGGCAAUCCAGGAGAAGGUGUUGGAGAGGGUGAAUGCGGUCAAGACCAAAGUAGAAGCUUUCCAGACAACUAUUUCCAAGUACUUCUCAGAACGCGGGGAUGCUGUGGCCAAGGCCUCUAAGGAGACCCAUGUAAUGGAUUACCGGGCCCUGGUGCAUGAAAGAGAUGAGACAGCCUAUGGGGAACUCAGGGCCAUGGUGCUGGACCUCAGGGCCUUCUAUGCUGAGCUUUAUCAUAUCAUCAGCAGAAACCUGGAGAAAAUUGUCAACCCAAAGGGUGAAGAGAAGCCAUCUAUGUACUGAGCCCAGGGCUAGAAAAGAAAUAAAUUACCAAUACUUUGUGUGGA